CGGUACGGGCUGAGGAUACCCACCUGUUGAGCCUGGGCACACAGGCAGAGGCGGCGGCUCUGACUCCAGAAGGUCCAGUGGGCAGCUCCCCAGAUGCGGAAAUCAGCACUUGGAGGAGGGAGGAGACUGCCCAAGGGUCCUGCGCUGGCAGAUUGGCAGGCAAGCCAGAGCUAGACCACAUCUAUGCACCUGGCAUCUGUUGCUAUCCGUGCAAAGGCACUCAGAGGCUUGACACAAACAUAAGCCGGGGGAGCUGGGUGAUCAGGCUGCAGGAGCCUCCACACAGAGGAAGCUGAACCAGCCCGUGUCCACAGCACUACCUCCCUCUACCAGCACCAGCCAUGAACUAUGUGGGACAACUGGCCGAGACGGUGUUUGGGACGGUGAAGGAUCUGUACAGGGGCCUGAACCCGGCCACACUGAGCGGCGGCAUCGACGUGCUGGUGGUGAAGCAGGCUGACGGCUCGUUCCAGUGCUCGCCCUUCCAUGUGCGUUUUGGCAAGCUGGGUGUCCUGCGGUCCCGGGAGAAGGUGGUGGACAUCGAGAUCAAUGGGGAACCUGUGGACUUGUACAUGAAGCUGGGGGACAGUGGGGAGGCCUUCUUCGUUCAGGAGCUGGACAGCGAUGAGGAGCACGUGCCUCCCCGCCUGUGUACCUCACCCAUCCCAUGGGGGGGCCUGUCAGACUUCCCCUCGGACUCCCGUCGGGACACAGCCAACAAGCCUGAGGGGCUUGUCAUGUCGGGCAUGGCCUCCAUGGGGCGGAGGAAGAGACGUCGCAGGAGGAAACCCAGGCGGAAGGAGGAUACGUUGGCAACCGAUUCUAGUUCAGAGGAACUGGAGCCAGGCACUGAGAGUGAGCUGUCCCUGCUAGAGAAGCCAAAGCCAGAGCCCCCAGGCGUCCAGUUGGAAGGGAAGUCCUCACCACAGCCCAAAGACAUCUACCCCUACUCGGAUGGUGACUGGGGCCCCCAGGCCAGCCUCUCAGGGGGCAAGCUAGCGUCCCCUAAGAGCGACUCGGAGCUGGAGCUGCGGGCCCCGGAGCCCAGUGCCCUGAGAGCGGAGUCCCACGUGCAGUGGGCCUGGGGGAGGCUACCUAAGGUGGCCAAAGCUGAGCAGCCGGAGUCCUUGAUGGUCCUUGAAGACAGCAUGGGGGCCACCUCUCCCCCUCGGGGAGGACCCAGCACACCCUCUGCUUCUGCGGCUGGCCUGGACCCUUCAGGUCCCACAAUCCUGGUAACCGAUGCUGGUGCUGUCCACCUGCUUCAGUCUGACACAGAGGAUCCUUCUCUGGUGGGUCCCCCUCUCCGCACCCCAGAGCUUCAGGAAACCAAGACUCAGAAUUCCAGGGAUGCGAGCCUCCGUCCUGCUUCUAAGUCAUGGAGUUGGGCUACUCUGGAGGGCCCAGUUCCCACUGGGCAGCCAGCGGGAGCUUCUAGGGGCCGAGGCUCCCUGAAGAGAAGCCAGCACCUGGGCCCCAGCGACAUCUACCUGGACGACCUGCCCUCCCUGGACUCUGAGAACGCAGCACUUUAUUUCCCCCAGAGUGACCGUGGGCUGGGUGUCAGAAGAUGGAGUGAACCCGGUACCCAGAAGCCUCUGGGAGACUCCAACCCCGAGCACAUGCCAGAACCCCUUCCAGACACAGCGGACACCAUAUCACUGUCCCUCUGUGGUGGGCUGGCUGAUAGCCGGGACAUCUCUCUGGAGAAGUUCAACCAGCACAUCGUCUCCUACCAGGACUUCACCAAAAACCCCGGUCUCCUAGAGGACCCAAACCUAGUGGUGAAAAUCAAUGGGAAGCAUUACAACUGGGCUGUGGCCGCUCCCAUGCUCCUCUGCCUACAAGCCUUCCAGAAAAGCCUGCCCAAGAGCACCGUGGUCAAGCUGGAGAAGGAGAAGAUGCCUCGGAAGGGCGGGAGGUGGUGGUUUUCCUGGCGCCGCAGGGACUUCCCGGCUGAGGAGCACAGGGCCCAGAAGGAGAAAAGCACAGCCAGCGAGGAGCAGGGGGAGAAGAUUGACAUCCUAAGCAGCGAUGACGACACUCCAGACAGCCCUGUGAUCCUUGAGGUCCCCUCCCCGCCACCUUCAACUCCAGUCUACACUCCUACCUACAAGAAGUCCCUCCGCCUGUCCUCCGACCAGAUCAGGCGCCUGAACCUCCAAGAAGGAGCCAACGAUGUGGUCUUCAGUGUGACCACCCAGUACCAGGGCACCUGCCGCUGCAAGGCCACCAUCUACCUGUGGAAAUGGGACGACAAGGUGGUCAUCUCUGACAUCGAUGGCACCAUCACCAAGUCAGAUGCUCUGGGCCAUAUUCUGCCCCAGUUGGGGAAAGACUGGACACACCACGGCAUCACCAGUCUCUACCACAAAAUCCACCUGAAUGGGUACAAGUUCCUGUAUUGCUCAGCGCGGGCCAUCGGCAUGGCUGACCUCACCAAGGGAUACCUGCAGUGGGUGAGCGAGCGGGGCUGUGGCCUCCCUAAGGGCCCCAUCCUGCUGUCUCCCAGCAGCCUCUUCUCCGCCCUCCACAGAGAGGUGAUUGAGAAGAAGCCAGAGGUGUUCAAGAUCGCCUGCCUGAGGGACAUCCAGCAGCUGUUCCGGCCCCAGGUGCAGCCCUUCCACGCUGCCUUUGGGAACAGGCCCAAUGAUGUCUUUGCCUACCGGCAGGUGGGCCUCCCUGAGUCCCGCAUCUUCACAGUCAACCCCCGGGGGGAGCUCAUCCAGGAGCUCUUGAAGAACCACAAAUCCACGUAUGAGCGGCUCAGUGAGGUGGUCGAGCUCCUCUUCCCACCUACUGCCCGUGGCCCCAGCACAGACCUGGCCAACCCUGAAUACAGCAACUUCUGCUACUGGCGGGAGCCACUGCCCACUGUGGACCUUGACACCCUGGCUUGAACCUUCCCCGCUACUCACUCCUCCCUGGCCUGGCCCAGGACUGACCAGGUGUCCCAAGGCAGAGCGAGUUGGAAGUGCCAGAGGGACAACCCACUGAAGGAAAAGAAGGGGUGGCAGGUUGAUGGGUAGCCACAGACCUUCCCUCCUCAUCUCUGCCAGCUAAGCUGCAGCUU